AUGUCAGCACCUGCCCAGACUACACUCCAGCACAGCACAGUCCCUACACCAUCUGAGCUCCCUACCAGCUACUUCUACACCACCACCUGGAUAAAUAUAGACGAUCCCAAUCCCAAGGCCAAUCCCAAGGCCAAGGCACCUCCGGCCAUCUGCAUCGACCCCCCCCCCCGCCGCCGCUGCUCAGGACCGCUGCCAGGGAGUCCUCGUACGCGAGCGUACGAUAUCGAUAUCGAUAUUCACGCGCACGGGAAGUCGGACGAGUACGGUACCGCGCGCCAGGCCUGCCGCGGUACCGCGCCGACCCUCGCAAAGGUUGGGGUUGUGCUGCGUCGGGCCGCAGAUGCUAUCUGUGUACGACACGACACGACACGACACGACACGAUAUCGCGCAGCAGUGCGGUAGUGCAGUAG